CAGAUUGCGACAUGAUGAUGACAGAUGACUGAAAUGGUCAGAAAUACGUCUAGAAAAAAAGAUUUCGCAUGGUUUAUUCUCUGGUUUAACUGAUACAUGUGUUUUUAACGUGUGACUGCACUUUUGGCAUCCUGCGAAGAAAUAAGAAACCAACUUUCAACCUCGUAGAUACUUCCAUUUGCUGCCCAGUGCCCACUGCUGUCACUGACUAAUCUUUGACUAAACGUCGAUAAUAUAGCUAGCUAGCUACCGGUAGUUAGAAUUCAGAUGCAACAGUCCUCGAAAAUGAACAAAGAAGGUAGGUAGUAGGUACGUGUAUAACAUACUGCUUUUGCAUCUCUCAUAUUGAAUGCUAAGGGGUCGAUUUGAACGUGUGUGAGAGAGAGAGAGAGAGAGAGAGCGAGAGGGGGGGAUUGAUCAGGCAAUCAAUCACAUUUUAUUUGUAAAAUGUUUUGCAUCUCUCAUAUUGAAUGCUAAGGGGUCGAUUUGAACGUGUGUGUGUGUGAGAGAGAGAGAGAGAGAGAGAGAGAGAGAGAGAUUGAGUUACUGUGUAGAAAAUAUAAAUGAACCAACUGAACAGACAAACAUGGCUAUUGUCUUCAUGAGUAGAGUACUACUGAGUUGGCUAGUCAUUAGUGUGACCCAGGACUGCUCUCCCUCUCUCCUGUCAGAGUUGGUAGAGUACUUCAGGACCCAGAUGAGGACAGACCCUGACAUGGCUUCUGCUGUAGCAGCCAUCCGCACCCUGCUGGAGUUCCUCAGACGAGACAAAGGUCUGACCACUCUCUCCUUUCUGCCUAUUAGUCAUACCUAUGUCAAAAUCAUACCAAGCAAAAUAGUGUAUUUUUGUCAUAGAAGUUUGGUAUUUCAUACUUUUAUGACAGUUCCCUAAAUUAUUGAAGGGCCCAUGAUCUCCAUAAUUCGAUCUCUGGAUACAAUCAGCCCCUCCAUGUUACUCUGUUCCCUGCUCCCCCGUUCAGGUGAGACGAUCCUGGGUCUGAGGGAGAGCCUGAAGUGGGCCACAGACUGUCUGACAGGUGUGGACUCCUCUGUAGCCGUGUCCUCUGGAGGGGAGCUGUUCCUUCGCUUCAUCAGCCUCACAUCACUGGAGCACCAGGUUAGGGCCAUAUACACUGAUGUUCUGAAAGAGCUGCAAAAUCUGGACCCCUACAAAUCAUCUGGGCUAGACAUUCUGGACCCUUUCUUUCUAAAAUUAGCCGCCAAAAUUGUCGCAACCCCUAUUACUAGCCUGUUCAACCUCUCUUUCGUAACGUCUGAGAUCCCCAGAGAUUGGGAAGCUGCCGCGGUCAAACAGUUCACUGACCAUUUAGAAUCCCAACGUACCUUCUCCGCUAUGCAAUCUGGUUUCCGAGCUGGUCAUGGGUGCACCUCAGCCACGCUCAAGGUCCUAAACGAUAUUAUAACCGCGAUCGAUAAGACAGUACUGUGCAGCAGUCUUCAUCGACCUGGCCAAGGCUUUCGACUCUCAACCACCGCAUUCUUAUUGACAGACUAAAUAGCCUUCGUUUCUCAAAUGACUGCUUCGCCUGGUUCACCAACUACUUCUCAGAUAGAGUUCAAUGUGUCAAAUCAGAGGGCCUGUUGUCUGGAGCUAUGGCAGUCUCUAUGGGGGUGCCACAGGGUUCAAUUCUCGGGCCUACUCUUUUCUGUGUAUAUCAAUGAUGUCGCUCUUGCUGCUGGUGACUCUCAGAUCCACCUCUACGCAGACGACACCAUUUUGUAUACAUCUGGCCCUUCAUUGGACACUGUGUUAACAAACCUCCAAACAAGCUUCAAUGCCAUACAACACUCCUUCCGUAGCCUCCAACUGCUCUUAAACACUAGUAAAACUAAAUGCAUGCUCUUCAAUCGAACGCAGCUGGCACCCACCCACCCGACUAGAAUCACUACUCUCGGCGGGUCUGACCUAGAGUAUGUGGACAACUACAAAUACCUAGGUGUCUGGUUAGACUGUAAACUAUCCUUCCAGACUCACAUUAAGCAUCUCCAAUCCAAAGUUAAAUCUAGAAUCGGCUUCCUAUUUUGCAACAAAGCCUCCUUCACUCAUGCUCCCAAACAUGCCCUCGUAAAACUGACUAUCCUACCGAUCCUUGACUUCGGCGAUGUCAUUUACAAAAUAGCCUCCAACACUCUACUCAGCAAAUUGGAUGUGGUCUAUCACAGUGCCAUCCGUUUUGUCACCAAAGCCCCAUAUACUACCCACCACUGUGACCUGUACGCUCUUGUUGGCUGGUCCUCACUACAUAUUCGUCGCCAAACCCACUGGCUCCAGGUCAUCUAUAAAUCACUGCUAGGCAAAUCCCUGCCUUAUCUUAGCUCAUUGGUCACCAUUGCAACACCCACCUGUAGUAUGCGCUCCAGGCCGCCAUUCCUUCCAGUUCUCUGCUGCCAAUGACUGGACGAACUGCAAAAAUCUCUGAAGCUGGAGACUCUUAUCUCCCUCACUAACUUUAAGCAUCAGUUGUUAGAGCACCUUACCGAUCACUGCACCUGUACACAGCCCAUCUGAAAUUAGCCCACCCAACUACCUCAUCCCCAUAUUAUUAUUUAUUUUGCCCAUUUGUACCCCAGUAUCUCUAUUUGCACAUCAUCUCUUGCACAUCUAUCAUUCCAGUGUUAAUACUAAAUUGUAAUUAUUUUGCACUAUGGCCUAUUUAUUGCCUUACCUCCAUAUCUUGCUACAUUUGCACACACUGUAUAUAUAUUUUCUGUUGUAUUUUUGACUUUGUUUUGUUUACCCCAUAUGUAACUCUGUUGUUUUUAUUGCACUGCUUUGCUUUAUCUUGGCCAGGUCGCAAUUGUAAAUGAGAACUUGUUCUCAACUGGCUUACCUGGUUAAAUAAAGGUUAAAUAAAUAAAUAAAAAUUAACAGAAAUACACACUCAGGUAUUUCUGUCAUGAAAUAAAAACCAAGUAUAAAUACUCUCCAUUCUAUCCCCUCUAAUUUUGUCAUUCUAUUGGAAUUAUACCACAAAUUGAAAAAAUGACUACACAUGCCGCUACACACCCUCACCUCGGCAGAGGUCAGAGUUCUCUGAAGGCCUCACCCCCCCUGAAACCCUCCCUCCCCUUCAUGUUGUUUGUCUCAGGACCUGGCGUGCUGUAAGAAGGUGAUGGAGGAGAGAGGAGAGCUGUUCCUGGAGAAGAUCUCUCUCUCCAGAACCAAGGUGGCCAAACUCUGCCACACCUUCAUCAAAGACGGGGCGGUGAGUGAGUCACGGCGGCAGACAUUUUCGGUCAAAUUAAUGAGCCAUCUCCAGAGCCUAAGUUUGGCAAACUUGAUUUUGAUAGAUGCCAUGUUGGUACCAAAAAUAUACAAUUCCAAGAAUAUUAUAAGAAAGAUGUAUUUUUGAAGAACAAAUCUCUUUCUUUCUCUCACAGAAAAUCCUGACCCAUUCCUCCUCCAGAGUAGUGCUGAGGGUGCUGGAGAAAGCUGCAGCCGAGAAGAAACGCUUCACAGUCUACGUCACAGAGUCCCAGCCAGACACAGCCGGGUGAGACAACACACACACACAUUUCCAAAGCAAACAAGGAUGGGGGAAUCGAACACGUAAGAUACACACACACAGUUUGUGUGACGUGUUGUUUGUCUGUGUCCUCAACAGGAAACAGAUGGCUGAUGCUCUGAGGAGACUCAACAUUCCUGUGACCGUGGUCCUGGAUGCUGCUGUGGGGUAAAUACUGACUAUACCAAACACUACCACUGCUUAUCUGUCUUAAAAGGUUAAAGAUGCAUCUUCCUUUCUAUAUCUUUCCACCUACAGUUGUGUCCUGGAGAAGGUGGACCUGGUUAUUGUAGGAGCAGAAGGAGUUGUUGAGAGUGGAGGCAUCAUCAACAAGGUGUGUUCUGGGAACAAUAAACUCAUAAUAAUAAAGUCAACCCUGUAUUGUAGUAUGUAGCAGUGUGCAAAUGACAGUGUUGGUUGAUCUGUCUGUACAGAUUGGAACCUAUCAGAUGGCAGUGUGUUCCAAAGCCCACAACAAGCCCUUCUACGUGGUAGCGGAGAGCUUCAAGUUCGUCCGUCUCUACCCUCUUAACCAGCAGGAUGUCCCAGACAGAGUUAAGGUGAGAAUUUACCAUUCAGAGCCUGCAAGCAAUAUAUACAGUGCCUUCAGAAAGUAUUCACACCCCUUGACUUUUUCCACAUUUUGUUGUUACAGCCUGAAUUUAAAUUGGAUUAAUUAAAUUGUUUAGUUUUUUUGUCACUGGCCUACAGACAAUACUGCAUAAUGUCAAAAUGGAAUUAUGUUUUUCGCAUUUUUUACAAAUGUAUUCAAAAUUAAAAGCUGGAAUGUCUUGAAUCAAAGAGUAUUCAACCCAAUUGUUAUUUUACAUUUUAGUCAUUUAGCAGACGCUCUUAUCCAGAGCGACUUACAUGAGCAAUUAGGGUUAAGUGCCUUGCUCAAGGGCACAUCGACAAGCCUAAAUAAGUUCAUAGUAAGUUGCAUGGACUCACUGCAACAUAAAAUACAUUUUGAACGACUACCUCAUCUCUGUACCCCACACAUACAAUUAUCUGUAAGGUCCCUCAGUCGAGCAGUGAAUUUCAGACACAGAUUCAACCACAAAGACCAGGGAGAUUUUCCAAUGCCUCGCAAAGAAGGGCACCUAUUGGUAGAUGGGUAAAAAAAAAUACAUUGAAUGUGGAGUAAGUCAAGGGGUAUGAAUACAUUCUGAAGGUACUCACUGUAUGUUGUGCCAUGGGCUGAUUGGAGAUAUGCACAUGCAAUUCAAAAUUAUGUGCAAAUCUCCCAUUGACAUUCGUGUGUGACUUAUGAUGAUUGAUAAUGGCAAUUUCUCAAUUUUGGAUUUGGCUCCAUCUCAUGGCGCUUCUAUCUGAACUGUCAUUCUAUUUUCUCUCUGGUACUCUUCAGUACUGUCUAACCCAUCUCUCUCUCCUCUCUGUGCAGUACAAAGCAGACACCCUGAGGACUGUGUCGGACCUGUCAGAGGAACACCCCAUGAUCGACUACACCCCUCCCUCCCUCAUCACGCUCCUCUUCACAGACCUGGGGGUCCUCACCCCCUCUGCCGUCAGCGAUGAACUCAUCAAACUUUAUUUAUAACUGUGCCUUAACAAAACACUGCAAUAAAAACACUCAAAGG